AUGAAUUUCGUCUUCGUAUUACUCGUAUGUUUCGGAGCGGUGAGAGCGCAACAACCAUCCAGUCCGUCUUCACUCUCAGAACAAUCCAAACAGUACCUGGAUAGACUCAACAAACUGUUAGGACCAGUUCCAACUAGGAAAGGUCCAGUACUCUUCCCCCCAUCGCCGCCGGACCCACCAGCGAACACUGCCGCAACAUCGAAACCUGACGCCGAAUCAGUCAAUACCUUCCAACAGAAUUACUUCGCUAGACUGACUCAUUAUAAACCUGUUACAUUAGCUACUUUGACACCAGAAACGCUAGCACCAAGAAUCGGUUCUGUAGAUGACUAUGUUUAUGAUCAAGCUCCUUAUACAGACAUCGAAAAGAAAUCAAUUGGAAACAACUUUGACAGCAACUACAAUCAAUUUGAGACAAGAACUGCUUUGCCGCCAAUAUACCACGCUUUAGCUCAAAAUGCUCAACUGACCACACAACGACCUUACCCUGUUUACGAUUAUCAGUCUAAAAUACAUGUAAAUGAAAACAAUUAUAACGGCGAUAUAUCUGAAGAGGGAAAGAAUACAGAAAAUGAAAAGGACAAAAGCUACGCGUUUUCCUACAAAGUGAAAGAUCAAAAAACAGGUGACGAUUUCUCUCACUCACAACAAAGUAGCGGUUCCGCUACCAAUGGAGAAUAUCGUGUCAAAUUACCUGAUGGUCGUACACAAGUUGUUUCUUAUACAGCUGAUGAAAACGGAUACAAAGCUGAUGUUAGAUACGACACAGAUAAUCCUAAUAGUAUUGAAUACAACUUUGAUAGUCGGAAUAACAAAGACUACAAUUAUAACGCACUGUUGAUGAGAAUACCUUGA